CGACUUCCUCCUGCUGCAGGCGGCCGGCCCAGCUGGAGGAAGCGGCGGCGGCAGCGGCCACGAUGAGCACGGGCGACGCCGUGUGCACCGGCUGGCUGGUCAAGUCGCCCCCCGAGAGGAAGCUGCAGCGCUACGCCUGGCGCAAACGCUGGUUUGUGCUCCGGCGGGGACGCAUGAGUGGCAAUCCUGACGUCUUGGAGUACUACCGGAACAAGCACUCCAGCAAGCCAAUACGUGUGAUAGACCUCAGCGAGUGUGCUGUGUGGAAGCAUGUGGGCCCCAGCUUUGUUCGGAAGGAAUUUCAGAACAAUUUUGUAUUCAUUGUCAAGACUACUUCCCGUACAUUCUACCUGGUGGCCAAGACUGAAGAAGAAAUGCAGGUGUGGGUGCACAGCAUCAGUCAGGUCUGCAACCUUGGCCACAUGGAGGGCAGUGCAGCAGAUUCCAUGGAGAGCCUCUCUUACAUGCCCUCCUCCCUCCAACCAUCCUCUGCCAACUCCCUUCAUACUGUCCAUGCUGCCAGCUCCUCCUUGCCAAGAGAUGACCCAAACACUAAUACCAUAGCCACUGAGGAAACCAGAAGUGAGUCAGAGUUUCUCUUCCUUCCUGAUUAUCUGGUUCUGUCCAACUGUGAGACUGGAAGACUGCACCAUGCCAGUCUUCCCACCAGAUGUGAUAGCUGGUCAAACUCAGACCGCUCACUGGAACAGACUUCAUUUGAUGAUGUUUUUGUUGAUGGCCUGCAGCCACUACCCUCCAGUAACUUGGUCCAUUUCUCACGCCAUGGGAAUGGAUCUCAGGAGGCAUCUUCCAUGAGGUCCCAGGCUAUUAUGAUCUGGAAUAGAGAAAUCAAUGGGCCUUCCAGGGACCACUUGUCUUCUUCCUCAUUGCUGGAAACAUCCUUAAAUUCCACCAUUCAAGUAGAAAAAAGUCAACUUUCCUUGCCCUGCGCAGCAAAACAACUAGAUGUAUCCAACACUCCACCUCCCCGCCCUCCUAAACCAAGCCAUUUCUCUGAACGGCGCCAAGAGGAGCAGCACCUGUGGAGUGGGCACAGCACCAGCAAGAAACCAGAAUGCACUCUUGUGCCAAGAAGAAUCUCUCUUUCUGGUUUAGACCACAUGAGAACCUGGAAAGCUGAGGUAGAAUGCCAAUCCUUAAGACACCGAGACAAGCGGCUUAGUUUAAAUCUGCCCUGCAGGUUCUCCCUGAUGUAUCCCCCAGCUUCAACCAGUGCCGAAGACAGCUAUGUGCCCAUGAGCCCCCAGGUCAUUGCCUCUGGUCUUGGACCCCAUUGCAGCCAGGAUGACUACAUCCCUAUGAGCUCAGGAAGCAUCUCAAGCCCACUGCCUGAGCUACCUGCAGACUUAGAGCCUCCACCAGUGAAUAGAGAUCUCAAACCUCAGAGGAAACCACGGCCACCUCCCCUGGACCUGAGAAACCUCUCCACCAUCCGGGAACAUACAUCUUUAACCAGGACCCACACGGUGCCUUGCAAUCGAACCAGCUUUCUCUCUCCAGAAAGAAAUGGUAUUAAUCCUACAAGAUUUUUUGCCAGUCCUGUUUCCAGAGAGGAGGAAGAAAACUACAUCCAAAUGGAGGAGCACCAAACAGCCAACUCCCUGAGCAGUGGUGCUCUUACCUGGACAAAGAAGUUUAGCCUGGAUUAUUUGGCCCUGGACUUUAAUUCAGCAUCAUCAGCCCCUGUACAGCAGAAACUUCUUCUUUCAGAAGAGCAAAGAGUAGACUAUGUCCAAGUGGAUGAGCAGAAGACACAAGCUCUCCAGAACACCAAGCAGGAGUGGACGGAUGAAAGGCAAUCCAAAGUGUGAGAUGUGUGGGUCUGGGCCAGGUGUGAAACUGGGAAGCUUGGGGUUCCGUUUGCAUUUUUUUUUCACUAAAAACACACCAAUGGUCAACACAGGUCAAAACCAAGAGAGAAUGUGUAGUUUGUGUGGUAUUGGCGAGAACUUUUAGGAGGAAAGGAUCUGUUUAUGCAUUGGAUGGAAAGGAGAAUCCAGCAGUUUCCUCUCAAGCAGGUAUGAAGGGGGCCAACCCACACCCCUUUACCCCCACUUCCAGAGCCUGUGACAGAAGGUCAUUUCUCCAGCCUCAGAGAUGCUUGCAAUGGUUCCACCGUCACAAAAGGAAGAGAUGAAGGGUUCCACAACCACAGACUGAGAUGUAAAAAAAUGCCAUUAAUUCAGGAAUGGUAAGAGCAAUAAAAACAAGACUUUAGAGAACAUUUUUCCAAAUAUUCUGUUACAAAAUUUUCAAGUGGAGUAUUUGGAGCAAAGAUUGGUGCCGGUAUUACGGCCAACAGGCUGACAUUGUUUGCCUCCAAUACCUGAAAUUUUGUCUGAUAUCCUGUGCUUUGAUCAGAACCAAAUUAUUCUAGUAAAGUGUACCCUGAAGACCAUUUUGUCAUAGCCCUUGAAGACACAGUUGAGAUCAAGCUCAGCAAUGGUCACAGAAUUUACACUCCUUACUCUUAUGACUCUAUCAGAUCAAACAUUUCUGUCCCUAAAGAGAUGCAAUUUGAGUGAUGGGCAAUGGAUCCCAGGCUCCAUGAUGAGCAGCAUAUCUGAUGACACUGGUGGCUAUAAAGACAUUUGUGUUUAAGCUGCUGUUCCAUUGCUGUUGGCAUUUUCCCAGCAUGCUUUCUUAUGUAUCAUCUCAUCCCUUCCUCUAAAAGGCCCCAGAAGCUAUGCAUGGCAGAAUCUGAUGCUACUGCCACUUUGAAGAGAAGAAAACUGAGAACCAGAGAAGGGAACACAUUGACCAAGAUCACUCAUGGGGCUAAGAUACAGAGUCAAGCUUAGAGUUGUCCAGGCUGCCAAUUGCAAACUCAUUCCACUAUCUUAUACUACCUCUGAGGAAAUUGACAAAACUGAUCAUUUGGGGGAACACCUGCAAACAAAAGAUGAGCUAUCAUCCCCUCUUCCUUUCAUAGAGAUCUGAGCAAGUGCUCUGAUUCUUAAAAGGUAUACAUGUACAGGGAGGAGUUCUUUUUGCAAUGUUCAAUUGAAACUCUACAUUUUCAGUAGUUACAAUUAGAAAUACCUCCUGAUGAUCUGUCUGAAAUUUUGGCCAAUUUUCCCUUCUGAUUGAAAAAUGACAGAUCCUGAGACUUUGAACAUUCCAUAAAAUGGGGGCAUUGUAUCAUCUCAUCCUCGGUGGAUAAUGGACCCAGGGAGCCCAGAAUGAGGGUCUCAGUUGGGCAUGGAAUUUUAUUUAAUACCCCUUCUUAAUCCUUCUGAGAACCUAGAGCCAUAAUACAUAUCUGAACAAUGAGGAACUAAACAGAUACUGUAUAAGGAUUGACCAAAUAGGAAGCAAACACUCACUGCAGUUGGUGCAGUUGUAUGCUUUACCACAGGAUUUCAGGGUUUCAACUGACUGAAUGGUAAGAAAAUAUGUAAGUCUUGUUUUUUCAGACCAUACAAGAAGUCACUUUGAUUUUCAUAGCAGUAGAUUCUGGUGACAUCAUUUUCCUUGUGUUGUAAAGCAGGGAAAAUUGCCAAGUACUUUAAACUGAGUCCAGGGUCCCUAAUGAACCUAGACAAAGCAAGGAGAAGGCUCCCCAGUCCUUGUAUCUCACAGCCACCUCCAUAUCACAACAAAACAUAGGCCAGAGCCUGUAAGGAGCUGCCUUCUUCCUCAUGUGUGUGACAAAAAAAAUCACGGAGUCACAGGAAAAGAACCAGGGCUACAGAUUGCCAUUUCCUGUAGAUGGUAGCUUUAUGUGGAGGGGGGGAUUGUGUUUGGAUCUUUAAUUACCUGGAAAAAGGCUGCUACAGAAAAAUCGUAGCCCUGGGGGUCAAGAAUGACACCAGAUUGAAGAAGAAAAACUACAGCUGAAAUUAUGUCAGUAGUGAAAUAUCAUUGAAUUGGUGAAAGAAAGGAAGAAAAAAGAAAUCUCUUUCCUACAAAGCAUUUCCAAGAAUGUAUUUAUAAAUGAAGCAAUAUACACAAGAGUAGUAUGACUUGUUUGGAUGUGAUUAAUUAAAAACAGGAAUGCUCCAAAUAGGUGCUCUCUAUGUUAAAGGUUGACACCAUUCAUCAUUUCCAGGGUAUAUGCAAUUAUGUCCUGCUUUGACAAAACUACUAAAGGAUGGCUAUGCAAAAAUCAUGAUGAUGCAGGCAAAGAAAGUACAGGUAGUUUUUGAGCUGACAGCAGCAUAUGCUCCUGAGGAAGGCACCAUUAAGUCAAAAUGGUGCCAGCCAAAUCUUGUUUUCUGGUGGAGACAAUUGAUAUAUAUAUAUAUAUAUAUAUAUAUAUAUAUAUAUAUAUAUAUAUAUAUAUGUAAGACAGGGCUGUGUUUCUGACCAAGGGCCGGGGGUUUGUUACACAAUGAUAGCAGAAACCAUUAUGGUAUGUCUUUACACUGAACAGUAGAUCUUUCCUGAAAGGCUCUGGAAUCAAUAUAACAGGGCAACACAGCAAUUAAUCCCUCAUUUCUAUUAGCUUCUGUUUCUUUCAUUUCCAGUGCAUGAUGGAAAACAGAAGGGUCUCAACUCUGAAAUCACAAACCCAGGAAUAGAGGGAGUUAAGCAUUCCUUGGGGAGGGAGGAACCCUGAGGCCCAGCACACAGCCUGGAUAUAAAGGCACAGAGCUAUCCAGUUAGUGUCACUGUAUAGGCCAUUUCAUGGAGCAAGGAUCAGCUGAAUCAUUAUGAUGUAUAGGUCCAUGUUCAGACUGAAGGCUCUCCUCAGGCCUGCCUUUCUCCUCCUUGCUCCCUGUUUAUACCAACUUUGUACCUACAAUCACACAGAUUUUUCAAAUUCACUCUGCUCUUACUGUUUAAUUUCUGGCAUUAAUAAAGUCUUAUACGGAGAAAUCACAA